UCGCGCUGUGGAAGGCCUUCUGCUUCUGCGUGACCUUCAUCGGGUUAGAGGUCGGCAAGCAGGUGAUGAGCUACUCGAUCAGCUAUUACAACGGCGGAGUGUACCCGAUGCCGCAGACCGCCAUCGUGUGCGCGACCGAGGCCAUCAAGCUGCUGCUGAUGGUCGUCAUGGCGACGACGAACGGCGUCUGGAGGGAGAUCAGCCCGUCGGCGUACUUUGCCGUGCCGUCGGUGGUGUACGCGAUCACGAACAAUCUGUACUUCUUCGCUCUGCACUACACGACGCCGCCCGUCUGGAGCGUGCUCAUUCAAUCACGGGUGAUAAUUACAGCUUUGGUGUACCGGUUCUGGUUUAAACGGGAAGUGACAAACGUCCAGUGGGUGGCAUUAGUGAUGUUGCUCGUUGCCAUAGCAAUGUCACAGGUGUCUGGAAAGAGUUCCAGUCCGGAGUCCAUGAACCUUCUGCUGGUUGCCAUGGCGCUCAGCCUCAUACAGGCAUGCCUAUCUGUGAUUGCAUCCGUCUACACGGAGUAUUUGUUCAAGACUGACAAGAGAAGUUUUGUGGAGCAGCAACUGCAGAUGUAUUUCUUCAGCACACUCAUCGGCCUAGGCUUCUUCUUCAUGCAGCAGUACUCGGCUACAAGCAACACUACAGACAUGAAAGACGUUCAGUAUCCGUUCGGCAUCAAGAUCUGCCUGGUGGUGGCGCUGCUGCUCGCGUCGCUAGGCGGCAUCACCGUGGCAACGAUCGUCAAGAAGCUCGACAACAUCUGAUGAAGAUAAUUACAGCGCCCGAACGGCUCGCCAACAGUUUGUUCACCUUGCUGGUUCUUCUGCUCGAGCUGCGUUCCUCGAACA